AUGACAGGCGGCACCGUUGUGGCCAUGGUUGCCUUUAUUCUUGGACGGCGCACAGCAGCCGCCACGGGGGAUGCCAAGGCCGGCAUGCCAUCUGUCGCCGCCGAGAAUGCCGACCUAAAAGAAGACGGCGAUGGCGAUCAGCCUCUCUUCGCCAGCACCCGCUCCACGCUGCCGCUCCACCGCGUCGCCGAGGUCCACCAUGACACCUCGCCCGAGAACCUGGCACAGGCGCGCGCCGAGAUCGCCGCCGUCGUCGGCGACGCGGCCGUCACCGACCACCGCGACGAACUGGCCCGCCACACGUCCAGUGCCUGGUCCUCGUAUGCCGAGUCCGUCGACGACAACCCGCAAUUUGUCGUCUACCCGCAGUCCACCGACGACGUCAGCGCCAUUAUGCGCAUCUGCCACCGGCGGCGCGUGCCCGUCGUGGCCUUUGGCGGCGGCACCAGUCUCGAGGGCCACUUUGCCAACGUGUGCCGCGGUAUCAGCCUCGACCUGUCGCGCAUGGACCGCAUCGUGACGGUGCACGACGCCGAUUUCGACGCGGUGGUGCAGCCCGGCGUGGGCUACGAGCAGCUCAAUGCGGCGCUGGCGGACCGGCGCCUGUUUUUCCCGCCCGAUCCGGGCCCGGGCGCCACGAUCGGCGGCAUGGUGGGCACGGGCUGUUCGGGCACGAAUGCGUAUUACUACGGCACGAUGCGGGAGUGGGUGCUCGGCCUGACGGUGGUGCUCGCCGACGGCACCGUGGUGCAGACGCGGCGGCGCCCGCGCAAGUCCAGCGCCGGCUACGACCUGACCAAGCUGUUUAUCGGCAACGAGGGCACGCUCGGCAUUGUGACCGAGGCCACGCUGAAGCUGACAACAAAGCCGGCCGUCGAGCAGGUGACGGUGGCCACCUUUGCGUCGUUCCAUGCCGCCUGCGACGCCGUCAUCCAACUGGUGUCGGCGGGCGUCCACGUCGCGGCCGUGGAGCUGGUCGGCGCGCGUGCCAUGCGGUGGAUCAAUGAUGCGGCGGGCAGUUCGACCGACCGGUCGUGGCCCGAGAAGCCGACAUUGUUCCUGAAAUUCGCGGGCGCGACCGAAAAGGCCGUGGGCGAGCAGGCCAAGGUCGUCGAGGACAUUGCCAAGGCGGCGGGGGCCACGGCCCUGGACACGGCGCAGAACCAAGACGAGUCGGAGCUGCUCUGGGAGGCGCGCAAGCAGGCUUUGUUUACGGCGGCGGGCGCGAAAGCCGACGACGAGAGCGCGUGGAUCACAGACGUGGCGGUGCCCAUCAGCCGGUUGGCCGACAUCGUGGACCUGACGUCCAAGGACAUUGUCGCGAGCGGGGUCAGCGGCGGCAUUAUUGGACAUGUGGGCGACGGCAACUUCCACUGUUUCUUGUUUUACAAGCCCGACCAAAAGGAGCACGCAGAAGAGCUGGUGCACCGGAUGGUGGAGCGGGCGAUCAGCAUGGACGGGACGGUGACGGGGGAGCACGGCGUCGGGCUGGUGAAGCGAGACUACUUGGACAAGGAGUUGGGCACGCCGGCCGUGGACUUGAUGCGUCAGAUCAAAAACGCAUUCGACCCGCUGUGCCUUCUGAAUUGCGACAAGGUUGUCCGCAUGAAGAAGCCUUUGGUCUCAGCCGACGCAUAG